CGAACCUGAAAAGGAUCAUUCUGUAGCAGCAACGCCCUCAGCGGAUCUUUCUCACUGAACUUGUUUUCAUCAUCUUUAGCAGAGUCCAGUUUACAAGUCCGCCAUCAUCAGAGUCUACCGUGAGCCUCUGACCUGGAGGAGGAGGAGGAAGAGGAGGAGGAGGAGCUCUGAGGAAACCGAUCCACCUCUGCUGCUCUGGAUAUGAACUCUACCCUGCUGCUGCUGUAGACUGAGCUGUAGGGCAACAUGGGGAACAGCGCGCUGAAGUCUCACCUGGAAACCUCCCAGAAAACCGGAGUGUUCCAGCUGACGGCCAAAGGCCUGCAGGAGUUUCCAGAGGAGCUCCAGAGGCUCACCGCUAACCUGAGAACGGUGGAUCUGUCGGGGAACAAGAUCGAGGUUCUCCCAGGCUCAGUCGGCAACUUCCUGCAGCUUAAAAGUCUGACGCUGAAUUCCAACAAGCUAACUGGCCUUCCUGAGGAGAUCGGCAAGCUGAAGAAGCUUGAGACCCUGAGUUUGAAUGGGAAUAGGAUCCAACAGCUACCCCCUGCUGUGGGCCAGCUCAAGGCCCUGAAGACCCUUAACCUGGCCGGGAACCUGUUCACCGAGUUCCCCGUAGGACUAGGAACCCUGAGGCACCUGGACCUGCUGGAUUUGUCCAGAAACAGGAUUCAGAACGUCCCAGCAGAGGUGUCGGAGCUGCAGACCAUUGAGAUCAACCUCAACCAAAACCAGAUCUCAGUGCUGUCAGCAGAAGUGUCCCGCUGUCCUCGUCUGAAAGUUCUUCGUCUGGAGGAGAACUGUCUGGAACUCUCCUCCAUUCCUGAUUCCAUCCUGACUGACUCCCAGGUGUCCCUGUUCUCCGUGGAGGGAAACCUGUUUGAAGUCAAGAGGCUCCGAGAACUGGAGGGAUAUGAAAAGUAUAUGGAGCGUUUCACUGCCACCAAGAAGAAGUUUGCCUGAUGUUCCCCGGCGACGAGUCUAAACUCCUAAACUCCAACCACGAUUGGACUUGGCCUCAGUCUUCACCCCCCCACACCCUGCACCAGCUGCAGCUGCUUAUUGGUCUGUAGUGAGGUGCUCCCCACAGCACUCCACAAAGACCCGGACCUGCUGAGAGGUGGAGACGGACAAUAACAGCGAGGAAGGAGCAUGAGAUUCAGUGUGGCGUUUUUAACAGGAUGCUUUAAAGCUUUAGUGUUCACUAAGUGAUGGGCAGCGACAUUCAGCUCCUCCAGGAGCUUUCAUCCAGAGGAACCAGCAGGACAACCUGCUUCCAGGGAUAGUUAAUUGAUUCCAUGCACUGUCACAAGUACAUACAAGGAAAUGGUCAUAAGGAAGUUUGUCUUGAUACAAAUGGGGGAAAACAGCAGAUUUCUAAUCCAGGAGUUUCUUCCCUCGUGAUGCUGGCCCAGCUGCACAGCUCAGCACAAACAGAGGAUACUUCGUACAUGUUAGACAGCAUCACAGGGCUUGAAGGUUGAUUAAUUUUUUUCUCUUUUUUUUUUUGUUCAUUUGCGUAAAGCCUGCCACUUUUACUGUGUGGCUGGUCAGCUUGUGGAGCGUACUCUUCAUAACAGAGUGAUAGGGGACACAACAUAUGUAGGGUUCUCACUCACACAUCAGAAAACAACAUCUUACAUCUGUCCCACUGUAUGCCCCACAUGCUUGGCAGUUAGAGGGUAUAACCCCCUCUCUAAUGCACCAGGCAACCCCAUCAAACUCCAUCCAGUCAGGGCUGCAUGUUACUUAAAUGCUGAGUAAGCAGUUUCUUCUCUAAGGCAGACAGCUGUUGCUUCUUAUUAUGCAGCAGACAGAAACAAUUAGAUGGAACGUGCAGAGCCUUGUAUGAAGAUGCUGUUUGAAUCCUUAACUUGUAGUUAUUCUGUGAAUGUCAACGUCUCGAUUUGGUUUUUCUCCUUUUAGUUAUAAAUCCAUACAUUUUUCAUACAGUUUUGGCCCCUGAAUUGCUGCAGCCAUGUUCCAGACGACUGUUUGAUAAUCCUGUUGUAGAAUGACACUUUACCAAGUUAUGACAUUAUUUAAAUCUGACUGUAAUCAUACAAAAGCCCCAACCACAGGCUCCCCCCUGUUAUCUGUUUGACAAAAGCCGUAUUGGAAAAGCUAUGAGAAAAUAAAAUCAAGCACAAAAGCCACAUAAAUACAUAAAUAAAAGCAGUACCUUGCUAAAAUAUUCAUUCCCCCAUUAUACUUUGUCACAUUGC